UGAUGACGUAGCAGAAACCAAAGUUCAGCGAGCAAGGGAAAAAUCUGUGCAACGUAGCUUUCAUUUCUGUGUGAAAGUAUAAAACAUUGUUCAGACCUAUGUUCUUGUAUAGCGUACGAUUAGAAAGCCCGUGUUGUGAGAAUUAUUUUGUAUCAAUUUGUGUGUUUAUUGCGUUUUUCGAUUUAAAGUUAUUAUUAGUUGAAGCAGAGUGGAUUUUGGAGCGGAUUAAAAUAUUUCCUACAUAGAGCCGAGUACCAGCCCUGAACAACAGUACGAGAGGAGACAGUCAGUCAUAGCCCGGUCUCGUUAAAGAAUAUGCUUAAUUUAAACGAAUCUUUAACUUCAAAGACCUCGGAUCCAUGGUGAAGAGAAAGAAGAUAGCAGCCGCUCCAGAGGAACACCGAAAUGGGAUGACAGUAAAGCUGGGGGAAAUCAGUGGGGAUGAAGGGGUGAGAAAAUGGAGUAGAAAGCUUGAAUGCUGCGGGGAAGAGGAGAACGGCCACAGUACAAAGACAGACGGAGGAGAAAAUCUUCAUCAAUCACCAGCGAGUUCAUCCAGUUUAACACCAGCAUCAUUACCAUCACCUUCCUCGGCCCUGUCACCGCCCUGCUCAAACCUGCAGUUACAACAGAGCCAGGACCAGCAUCACUUCCUAAGGUCCAGCGUCCGACCUCCGAGCAAGCGGCUUAGAAAGGAUUCCAUUGCUUAUGUUAAUGGCCAUAGCAGUGCCAGGGGGAAAGGAGCUGAGAAUGGGGCUGCAAUCCUGGCAGGGUUUGGCCCUCCUGAGGCCUCAGUGGGAACCUCGAAGCCAGCUCCUCGGAGCCUGGGGUCUGCUGACAAGGAGGAGGGGAACAAGAAGAAGGUGCGACGGCAGUGGGAGUCCUGGAGUGCAGAGGACAAGAACUCUUUCUUUGAGGGGCUCUAUGAGCAUGGCAAGGAUUUUGAAGCCAUCCAGAAUAACAUUGCGCUGAAGUACAAGAAGAAAGGCAAACCGGCCAGCAUGGUCAAGAACAAGGAGCAGGUUCGACACUUCUACUACCGCACCUGGCACAAGAUCUCUAAAUACAUCGAGUUCAAUAACGUGUUCUCUAGAGGGCUGAAGAAGUCGUCUCAGGAGCUAUACGGAUUGAUCUGCUAUGCAGAGCUCAGAAAGAAGAUUGGGGGCUGCAUGGAUGAUAAGAAUGCGGCUAAACUCAAUGAGCUCAUUCAGAUUGGGGCAACCACAGUCCGUUACAAGGGCAGGAAUUUGAAGAUUAAAGCCCCCAUGUGUCGGGCACUCAAGAAGCUGUGUGACCCUGAUGGGGUCAGUGACGAGGAGGACCAGAAGCCUGUGAGGCUGCCCCUGAGGGUGCAUGUAGAGCUGCAGCCACGCAGUAACCGCUCCUGGGCACGAGUGCAGAGCCUGGCACACAAUCCACGCCUCCGGAUGGUGGUCGAGCUCCACAGGAAAGUGUCUAGUCUCAUUGAGUUUCUCAAGCAGAAGUGGGCAGUCCAGGACAUCCACAUUCAGAAGACCCUGGAUGAGCGCCAGGUGCAAGACGGCGCACCACGGUUCCCUGCCAUUGAGAAGGAAGAUCUGUACCUUUACCCCACCGAAAACUGCACCCUGACAGUCCUCCCAGGCGUGGCUCGUGUCGUCCACUCCAAAGCCUUCUGCACCGUGCACUGGCAGGAAAGCAGCAAGUGCCGGCCAAGCGCAAAGGAGUUCCCCCCUGCGCAGAUCCUGGGGAUCCACGGGGCCCCCAAGGGACCGAGCCGAGCAAGGACAGACCCCCGCCAGGGAGAGUUGGAGUUGGGGGGAGCUGAGGAAAGGGGCAGUGGGGGGCGGCAUAAUUGUCCGAGCGACAGGACUGGGGAGCCGAUCUCCCCUCCCAGUGUGAGCAAGGAGGAUGCACUUUCAACAGACCAGCAGGGGGAGCAGCGGAGCUGUGUGUGCGGAGGGAUGGACACGGAGGAGCUGUCUAUGUUGGACCCUUUCCCCAGGUACAUGAGAUCCUGCCAAGACCUGGUAGUGCCGGAGAGCUGCCUUUGUUCUCAAGAGCACUUGUCAGCAGGGAGGGAGGGGGUUGGAUCCUCAGACCCUGCCAGGAUUACAGUGGCAGAAUGUGGGGAGGAGCAGUUUGCCCCCUCCAGCAGUGAGGGGAUGUCCUGCGAGUCGCCCAUGACAGAUGCUUGCACUAGAGAAGAUGGGGCUGCAGAGGGCUGUUCAGGGAAGGACGACAGGGGGUUACUUCAGCAGAUCCGUCAGGAAGGCUGGAGCAGUCGUGGCUCAGAGAACAUCACGCUGGCCCAACUCUAUCUCAUGCUGGGAAAGCCGGGGAAGCUGCAGCUGGAAUAUGACUGGAUUCCAGUCCACAAGAGCAACAACACAGAUCAUCACACACAGAGAAUGCUGAAGUGUCUGCUGAGGCUGGUUUCUAGCGAAGUGAAUCCCAAGCCGGUCCCCGAGUUGAGCUUCACUUCUCCCCAGAAGUCUGUCCCUGAGGAGCAGUCCUUCACGCCGCCGGGGAAGGCCCUGAUUCUCGGCGCUCGCAGUCCCAGCUGCGGGCGAAACCAGGCCGCUGUGCGGUGCGGCAAAGCCUUUUCCCCCACUGCGGUGUGUCCAGUGUCAUUGCCUGCAGGUGUGCGGAACCUGCCCCGGUCUCUGGGGGUCCUGGGCAGCGCUGGCAAAGGCAGUGGAGAUGUGGACAGCGGUGUGUUUGCCGUCCCCACCACACUGCCUCCCAACAGCCGGCAUGGCAAGAUGUUCUCCCCUAACAGAGAGGCCGAGCUGGCUUUCAGGCAGCAGCUAGACUCCAUCAGCAUGAGGUCGGAUAUCUUUCUACCCAAACAGAGGAAGUUCAGGAACCGUCACCUCCGCAAACCCUUGGUAGUACAGAGAACUCUGCUCCCCAGGACGACUGGAGAGCCCUCCCAGCAUGUGUGCUCCUUCUCCAUCUUCUCCAACUCUUCUGCCACAGGCACGGGUUCAUUCCGGCCCCUCCAGCCCCCUCUGUCCAAAGCAGCCGUGUCCUGCUCCCUCUCCUCUCAUGGCGCUGCUGCACCAUGUUCUCACCAGCUCUCCAGUGCAAUUGAUUUAGCAGCUAAGUCCGCAGGCAUCAUCCCUGGAAGCGAUGGCCCUGACAGAGCACCAGAAAUAACUCCGCUAUCACCAGGCACAAUCACAGUGGAGACAGGGCCAGAGUUACCAGAACAGAACAAAGCUGAUCUCAGCCCAUUAGAGUCCACACUGCAUAAUGGGCUGUCCACCUCUUCAUCCGAGGUGCCCAGCUCUCUCCUUUCUCCUCCCAACGUCUCGUCACUGCUGGAUAUCUCCUUGCCAGGACCCCCAGAGGAUGUGCUGUUACAGGGAGAGCCGGCCACACACAUCAGCGACUCCAUCAUUGAGCUGGUCAUUAACUCUGCACAGUAUGGUGGUGGCUCCUCUUUGUCUCCAGCUAAACUAAAUGGCAAUGAUAGCUCCAAGAGCAUGCCCUCUCCCUCCAACAGCCCCCAGAGGAGCUGGAUCGCCUCCCCCACCCACGACCCCCAGUGGUACCCCAGUGACUCCAGCGACUCCUCUCUGGGCUGCUUGCUGUCAAGCCUGAUCUCUCCUGAUAAAGGUCGCAAGGCGCUGUUGGCCUCUUCGGGACACUCCAGUGGGACCGCUCUGCUGGGCCCCAGCCUGCUGGACGGGAGCUCCCGCGACUCCUUUGUCUCGCGCUCGCUGGCAGACGUGGGAGAGAUGGACUCUCAGCUCGCGUGCAUGAUGAGUGAGAACAGUGUGGACUACAUUGCACGUUUCAACGACCUUGCACAGGAAUUGUCUGUCACAGAGCCCCCACCUCCACUCCUCUGCAGGGAGGAGCUGUCCGUCACAGAGGAGCUGUCCAUCACAGAGCCCCCGCCCCCACUCCUCUGCAGGGAGGAGCUGUCUGUCACAGAGGCACCUCCCCCACCUCUGCCCAGGUCCGGGCUGCUGUUUGAGGGCGGGGGGCUGGACCUCACUCAGUGAAGGACAUGGAAGUGUAUUUAGUCCUCCAGACCUGCAGGAAGAACCUGGGGUUCUGCCAAGUUGUGCAAUGACAGUCUCUAAGCUGGAGUUCCUGACCCUCCAAGUUGUCAGCAGGUUCACUGAGCUCUGUGUGCUGGCCCAGAUCAGUCCAAAUAUAGGCUCAUCCUAUUGCUUUGGAGUUCUGGGAAUGAGUAGAGUUUAGUCAGACUUAGUCCAGUUGUCUGGUGGUUUUAGCUUACAAAAUAAUUCCAUAAAUAUUUAUGUUUGAAAUAAGUCAAUGUUUUAGCAAACAUUUUCAUUUUAAAACAUGAUUAUCUGGUAUUAAUGUAAGUGUAAGAACGUUCUCAGUUUCUGCUUCCUAGGUCAUGUCCGCAGUGUGGUUGAUAGCAGGUCAGUCAAUAAGGGAAGCAGCUGACUGGUUAUUGACAGGAAAGGAGCCAGUGAAAGUGUGGGGACAAUUUCACUCUCCAGGCGACCAAGCAAUGUUGUCCUGAAGACCCAUGGUGAGGAUUUUUAGCCUUUAAGUGUCCUGAAAAAAGGCAACCCUUAGUUUCUUUAUACUACAACUAAAACUACCUUUGGUGAAUAUGAACAUGAUAUUGUUCAGGAGUUGUGCUGAAAGAGUUACUAUAAAGUACCAAACUUUGAAAAUCAAGUUGUUUUGUGUCUUUGCACUGGUCGGCAGCACCACUUAAAUGAGUCAUAACCAGAUUGAGUUUAGAACUACGUCAUUCCUUUGGGAUUUAAGGCACAGAUUCUACAAUUUCUUAAAGGCAAGUUAAAUCUUCUUUUAAAGAUAAACAUAACUUGUCAUAGCUACAUAUGCAUUAAGAGCAAGGGUACACACACUACCUAACAUAGUCACUUUGGCAGAACUGAAAGUUGGCUCAGUUUAGAACCUGCUGCACAAUGAGGAGAAAAAGGGGCUUCACCCAAGGACAGAAUAUGAGUGAAUUAUCCCUUUUAAAUAUGGAGUGUGCUAUUGCUAAAAAUUCAAACCCCAUGAAUAGAGCACCAGUCAUCCUCAGUAUUCUGUGCUCUCUACCAGCUAUUUUCAAAUAAAUUCCUACAAUCCAUUACAAAACAUUGACAGAAAAAUACCAUUAGAGUUCCUCGUGAAUUUGACUUUAAGUUUGUGAUUAUCUGAAGUUGGACUGAUUCAAUUAUGCCUUAUUGUUAUUAUUACUAAUCGGCUAUUGGUCUUUGUGGAAGUUCAGUGAUUAAGAAAAUGUGUUUCAUAUGCUGCAUUGAUCCACCUUCCUAAGGAUAGAGACAUUACGUAUUGUACAUUUUUGUCUCAAUUAAAUCAUUGUAGCAAAUUUAACAAUGAAAGAGCAUUCUGACAUUGAACAUGAAAGAGCAUUCUGACAUUGAACAUGGACUGUUUUUAUUAGUAGCCCAGUUUUGCUUGGAGUAAAGAAAUAAAAAAUAAAAAAAACAGUAAAAAUGUACAGUAAUGUCCUUCAGCUCGUAAAGCUUAGACAGCUGUCGCAUGUAGGACUGAAUUACUGCUUUUACCAUUCCAAUACUUUUGGUUUCCCACAAUACAGCCUUUCUGGGCUAGGGGGGCUAGUUUUUGGAGAAACCUGUAUUUUGGUUCCAAACUGCACUACUGCUUAUCCUGGUCAAUAGUUAUUUUAAAAAAUCAGUCAAGCAAAUUAAUCUGAAAACGAGGCCAUUCGUUCAGUUUCUACAAUUCCCACAAAUGUGUGUUUUGUUAAAAUAUUUGAAAUGCUUAACCCUAAAGUAUUCACGCAGAUGAAUAAAUAUAAAAUGAUCAGAGAAUGCACUUGUUACCCCAAUAAUAUCUCCUGCUUACCACAUAUUUUGGUAUCCUGGAAAAAAAAAAAAAAGUGCAUCUUCAAGUGCAUGCAAAAACAAUCUGUACCAGUUGUACCAUGGCUGGUGGAGUGUGGAAUGACUGGAAGGUAUAUUUGCUGUUUAUUUUAUGCAGUGGUGAGUGUUACAUCCAUAGUGGGCCAGUGCCUAAAACUAGUCUUCUGAACAGGAAAAUUAAGAACGGCAAGUUAUUCUGCAGUUAUUCUCAGUGCUUGGGUCGUGUUUUUUUCUUUUUGUGUACCUAAAAAGUUUCAAUUGUAAGCACUGCAGGCAGGUGUAGAUGAAUAAAUAUUUGCAGUGGAGCUUUGUACAGCAGCAUUAUGUAUAGAAAUGAGAGAAAACCUUUAACAGCAAUUGAAAAGCCAUAUCCGUCCACCAAUUUGGACAUGUGUGUGUAUCUAGGUAUAUUUAUCUGUACAUAGAAAAACACAAUUCCAGUGUGCUCUGACUAUUAUAUUGUAAAUUAUUUUGAGUAUUUAUUGUUUAACGAUUUUAAGUGUUUGAUUAUUUAUAUGCAAAAAAAAAUGAAUCUUCAACUUGUAAAGUUGCUUUUAUUCUUGUGUAUAAAUAUGGUUUUAUAUUGAGCUUUUCCUGUUUUUUUGUUUUAUUCAUUGCUUACUUGUGGG